AAAAAAAAGAAAGCAACCUAUUCAGCCCCAAAUCAACACAGGUGUGCUUGAUCUGUCUCGUAAAAUCCAAAGCAACACAAAUCAACAGCUUAUCGCCAAUACAAAUUUGAUUUCCAACUUGACAGACUAAAACACACCACAAAAAGCCAAUUUAGCAGUAGGGACAGAUUUGCAGAAAACUGUCCCCGUAAGCUCCAUGCAAAAAAUCUGACUGUCCCAAUUUGUUUUCACAUGAAACAAUUAAAUGAAACAUCUUUGUUAAUUGAGGCUGUGUUCCAAUUCCUUCACUGAUCACACUCUGCAUUUCUUGCAUCUCACAUGACUCUUAGUCCAAAAUCCAUGGCUGCAACAUUUACUAUUGCUACUGAUUUCACAGAACACUCUUCAAUCCAUUCAAGCAAAGUGACCACGAUCAAAUCAUUGUCUGAAUCUGGACUUACUUCUCUGCCACCCUCUUUUGCAUGCAAAAAUCUUCAUAAAAUUCCAGUUCUGGAUUCAUCAUCAGAAUAUAAUACACUUCCUGUUGUUGAUUUCUCUCUCCUUGUUUCUGGCAAUUCUGAACAAAGAGACAAAGCCAUCCAAGACCUUGGCCAAGCUUGUGAAGAAUGGGGCUUCUUCUUUUUGAUCAACCAUGGUAUACCAGAGAAUCUGAUUAACAGCAUGAUGGAAGGAGUAAAAGGAUUUUUCAAUCUUUCAGAAGAGGAAAAGAAAGAGUUUCAGGGAAAACAUAUUUUUGACCCCAUAAGGUAUGGCUCUAGCAUCAAUACUGCUGUAGAAAAGAUACACUGCUGGAGAGAUUUUCUCAAAGUCUUCGUCCAUCCAGAGUUCCAUUUUCCUCAUAAGCCUUCCGGAUUUAGUGACACUGCAUUUGAAUACUUGAAGAUGAUAAGAGAAAUCAUAAGGGAACUACUGAGGGGUUUAUCAGAAAAUUUGGGAUUGGAACCAAACUACAUAAAUAAGGCUACGACGAUAGAGUCAAGCUUUCAAGUCUUCGUUGCAAAUCUGUACCCUCCAUGUCCGGAGCCAGAACUUGCUGUGGGACUCCAUCCUCACUCUGACCAUGGCUUGCUCACAGUACUCACAGAAAGUAUCAGUGGUGGCCUUCAGACUCUGCAUAAUGGAAAGUGGGUGAAAGUGAAUGCUCCUCCGAAUGCUUUAAUGGUUAACACUGCUGAUCAACUAGAGAUUAUGAGUAAUGGGAAGUACAAGAGCAAUGUGCAUAGAGCAGUAGUGCACUCCAAUGCUACAAGGAUUUCAAUGGUGACUGCAAAUGGUCCAUCACUAGACCAACUUAUCAGCCCAGCAACAGAGUUUGUCAGUGAUACUCACCCACCAGCCUACACUUCAGUAACAUACAAGAAAUACUAUGAACUGAGCCAAUCCAACUCGUUUGAUAAUGGACUCUUCCUGGAUCGUAUGCGCAUCUGAACUUAGACCACUUUCUGUGGAAACCAAGAGUUAGUGGUGAGUCAUCUCUGUAUUAAAUAUGUGUGCUUCCCUUCUUUCCAGGACUUCAAAAUUUUUAAGGCUUUUGUGUGUACUGUGUAGGAGUUGAAUAAUGAU